AUGACGCUUGCUGAGAAGACCAAUCUCACAGCCGGCAGUGGAAUCUUCAUGGGAAGAUGCGUGGGAAAUACAGGCAGCGCAUUGAGAGUCGGCAUCCCUCAACUGUGCUUGCAAGAUGGGCCUCUAGGUGUAAGGAACACGGACCAUAAUACUGCAUUUCCUGCCGGAAUUACCGUUGGAGCCACAUGGGACAAGGAUCUUCUUUACCGCCGUGGAGUUGCGAUCGGUGAAGAGUUCCGUGGCAAGGGAGUCAACGUACACCUCGGACCUUCAGUCGGACCCCUAGGUCGCAAACCACGUGGCGGUAGAAACUGGGAAGGUUUUGGUUCAGAUCCUGUUCUUCAGGCGUUUGGCGGAGCUCUUUCCAUUGAAGGCAUUCAGAGCACUGGUGUCAUAGCCACAAUCAAGCAUCUGAUUGCGAACGAACAGGAAGAGUACCGCAUGUACAACCUGGUCAAACCUGGUAUCUCUUCCAAUCUGGACGAUCGCACUCUUCAUGAGCUCUAUCUUUGGCCGUUCGCUGAGGGUAAGUCGGGCCUUGCCUUCUACAAUGACUUGGAAUACGUACCGUUGGCUGACUUUGAAAAGGCCUACUUGAUCAACGGCAUCCUGAAGGACGAGCUUGGCUUCCAAGGCUUUGUCAUGUCUGACUGGUUGGCUCAAAUCUCCGGCGUUCCUUCAGCUCUCGCGGGUUUGGACAUGUCGAUGCCUGGCGACAUCCACACCAUUCCUCUUUUCGGAAACUCUUACUGGAUGUACGAGCAGACACGUUCAGUUCUCAACGGGUCUCUGCCGUUGGACCGCUUGAAUGAUGCAGUGACACGAAUUCUUGCUGCCUACUUCAAGAUGGGCCAGGACCAGGGGUACCCACGACCAAACUUCGAUACUAACACUCAAAAUGCCGAAGGCCCUCUCUACCCUGGCGCUCUCAUCUCACCCCAAGGUGUUGUCAACGAGUUCGUGGAUGUUCAGGCCAAUCAUGCAGAGGUCGCUCGUGAAGUAGCUCGCGAUGCCAUCACGCUCUUGAAGAACCAGGAUGGAUUGUUGCCUCUGUCUCUCAAUGGCACCCUGAAGAUAUUUGGCACCGAUGCUGAGAAGAACCCUGAUGGAAUCAACUCGUGUGCGGACCAAGGCUGCAACAAGGGCACGUUGGGAAUGGGAUGGGGCUCCGGCUCGGCGAGAUACCCUUAUAUGAACAGCCCAAUUGAUGGCUUCAAGACUCGCGGGGCCAACUACCAGUUCUUCAACACGGAUGCUUUUCCAGGAAACUCGAAUCCAUCACCGAACGACACUGCAGUUGUCUUCGUUACCGCUGAUUCUGGUGAGAACUACAUUACCGUAGAGAACAACCCCGGAGACCGGACCUCUUCGAACCUCAACUUGUGGCACAACGGUGACAAACUCAUCAAGGACGUAGCUGCCAAAUAUUCCAACGUUGUGGUCGUAGUACAUACCGUUGGCCCAAUCCUCAUGGAUCAAUGGCACGACCUGCCUUCCGUCAAAGCAGUCCUGUUCGCUCACCUGCCUGGUCAAGAAGCCGGAGACUCGCUAAUGCAAGUCCUCUUCGGGGACAUCUCUCCAUCCGGUCAUUUACCGUACACUCUACCAAACUCCGAGGAUGACUACCCAGAAUCUUUGAGUCUCGUCGGAUAUCAGAUUGGGCAGCCACAGGAUACCUUUACAGAGGGCCUGUACAUUGACUAUCGUCACUUCCACAAAGCCAACAUUACACCCCGCUAUGCUUUUGGUCACGGUCUCAGCUACACCACGUUCUCUUUUUCCAACGCGACCAUUACGCCAGUGACUCCGCUUACAGCGACGCCUCCAGCUCGUCCCGCGAAAGGCGAAACACCCACCUAUUCCACUGCCAUUCCUCCAGCUUCAGAGGCAUACUGGCCAGAAAACUUCAACCGCAUCUGGCGAUACCUCUACUCCUGGCUCGAGAAGAACGAUGCCGACGCUGCAGCUAAGAUCGGCAACUCGACGACCAAGUAUCCAUACCCAGCCGGUUACUCGAACGAGCAGAAAGUUGGUCCUGUAGCUGGUGGCGCACAAGGCGGAAACCCCGCAUUAUUCGACACGGCAUUCGACAUCACCGUCAGCGUAACCAACACAGGUAACCGGAUGGGUAAAGCCGUCGCACAACUCUACAUCCAGUUUCCGAGUGAAGUCACUAUUGACACACCUGUUAUCCAACUCCGGGAUUUUGAAAAGACGAGGGAGUUGGAGGCUGGAGCUAGUCAGACGCUGAGCAUGAGAGUGACACGUAAGGAUCUCAGUGUUUGGGAUGUUGUAUCACAGAACUGGGUUGUUCCUGCUGUGGAUGGAGACUAUGGGGUUUGGAUUGGUAGUGCGUCAGAUGAUUUGCAUGUGAGAUGUGGGACGGCGAGUGGAAGCUGUGAGGAGGAUCAGGAGAGUCCCGUGUAG